AUGGAGGAGGAGGAGGAGGAGGAGGAGGAGGAGGAGGAGGAGGAUAAAAGAGGCGGAGUAGCCUUUGUGAUCUCACUUGUGUCUCGAUCCAAACAGCAUGAACCGCUGCAAUUCUUCUUCUUCCUCUUCUCCAGUUCACCACUUCUCCUACGCUCAACUGCAGGUCCUGUGAGUGAGAGAAGCCUUGAAAACCCUACGGUGGGAGUUUUAUAG